AUGAACGCUCAUGAACUGAUUCAAAAGUCUCUCAAAGACCUUUUCAACGGCUAUGCUACCACCCUUGAAUGGUAUCAGGAAUGGGCUCCAAUCGCCGAGAACCCAACAUUGGUGCGCGUUUAUAACAAGGCGCGGCGGCACGAUCCGCCCAAGAUGCCCCAAUUCGACAUGCAGGACAUAUUUGAUGCCAUCGCGCUGGGCAUGUCGACGGUGUUACGUCGUUGUACGAGUCCGAUGGGCCUGGAUAAUCUUGCCGGCCGCGUUACAGCUGGCUACGUAUAUCUUCUUCUAUCAUACCAUGAUGUUGUCGAGCCGCAGGAAACUGCAUAA